GCCGCACGCACUCAAUGCGGCCGGAAACUUUUAUAUGCAGAGAAUCGGCAGACGCUUAGCACUUUUAGGCGCGACGUAGGCUUCAAAUCCCACUCAACGGUUGUAAGUACGGCGUGUAAGACAGACAGCGCUCUAUCCCAUUGCUCACCUCCUAUCACUCUUUCUCAGUCCCUCAGCGAACUGCUACCGUUGCAACUAUCUCAGCGUCUGUGGUUACAGGCCUCAACCUUAUUCGACACUCCGAUCUACUGUUAUCCUACGUCUCUAUCGCCAAGUGCUACCAGGGUACAAAAUCCAACCUCUCCACUUGGCCGUAACUUCCUCACCUCAGCCUCUCCUUCUAUUUACUAUCACUCUCGCUUUCCUGACAAGACCCGAUCCCACACCACAUCUACGAUUGGUCACUGAAAACCCUCCCAUCUUAGCCACACCUCCAUGCACAAUGUCUGAUACGUCCUUUAGUGAAUUCUUCGACCCCAACACGUUAAACGAUGCCAACUUGGACGCUUUGCUCCUGAAUCCAGACAUGUACAGGGAAACAGCACUGCAAUAUCCCCCAUCUCAUGUAGAAAGCUCUGAUGACGAGCCCGAUAAACAACGAGAGGUGGUCAGCGAUUCGCUAGCGAAAAACUCUCGCCAAUUGCUCCACGCGCACCUCUACAACUAUCUCCUCCAGAACGGUUACACCGAGGCCGCGGUGACUUUGUUGAACGAGGCAAAGGUUCCCCACGCGCCCAAGAAGCCCUCAAGCCAGAAAGGAGACCAGUAUGGGGAAAUCAUCCGGGAAUACAGUGUCACGCGGAAUACCGAAGCCGAGGUGAAGAAAGAAACCGGAGGUGAUAACGAACACUCAGAGCCACUUGAAACCAACAUGGUAAUGUAUUCCCCCGACACAUUUCUCCUCGAAUGGUGGCAACUCUUGUGGGACAUGCAGAGCUCCGUCAACCACCAGAUGGGGGAAACUGUGGUCGUCCCAAAAGCAGGGAAGGCUCCAAACAUGGGUCUCAACAUCAACAUGCCACUUCCGGGGACUCCACUGCUAAAGCCCGAGAUAACUGAGGACCAAAAGACUCAGCCACAGCUCCGGAAACAAAUGCGGAUGCAGCAUUUACGGAUGCAGACCCAGUUGCUGCUGCCAGUCGCUUCCGGUUCUGUCCCGUCUUCUCUAGCUCCGAAAACGUCCAUUACUGGUGUGCAGUCGCCGCCAGGCUCCCACCAGCCGGCAAAGAGUAUAUCGACUCCAACGCAAAUCCUGGGGGGUACCAGCAAUACGUCAAAGCCAGACUGGAGCGAAAACCCCGAAACCCGGAUGAGCACUCCAAGUGUUAAUCCCGCCAAUUACACCACUCAACAACAGCAACAGCUUUUGUUGCAACAGCAGUUCCUCCAAUACCAGGGAAAGCCCGAAGGUGCUCUUCCAACUAAUCAGAUGAAUGCGUAUCUCAUGCAACAGAAACAACAGCAGAUGCAGCAGCAGAUGCAGCAGCAAUUACUAUCGCAACAGUUUCAGCAACAGCAGCGCCAGUUAGCGGCCCAGGGGAAAAUAUCCUUGCCGCUAGCCAACCUCACACCCCAGCAGCUCCAACAGCUCCAAAUGCAACAGAACAGCACUGGAAGCCAACACCAGAUGAGCCAGGCGAUGGUUAAUCGGGGGUUGAUGCAGCAGCAGAUGAACCUUCAGCAGAGACAGAUGUGACUGUAGAAUACCAACUUUAAUUAUAGAAAGAUAAUCAUAUUGAAAGAAGUGACAUUUAAGCGGUGUAUGAAGGGUAGUGACGUGAGAACUGGCCAGCUUCGCCAUGAUCUUCAAUAAUAUCAAUACUUCUACUUUGUUAUGUUCCUAUAAUUAUCGGAGCAGGUUUGGAAUUUUAGCGGACAAGUUGUAGCUUUAGAAAUUUUAACUUGAAAAUCCGG